AUGGAGUCAUCAUCACAGAAAUCGUGGUGUCUUAAUGAUCCUCUUUCAGAUCUCGUCGAGCCUAUUGCCAUAAUCGGUACUGCUGCCAGAUUUGCAAAGGAUGCUCUCUCGGUGGAAGAUCUUCGGGAAAUUCUGCUAGAGGCCCAUUCUACAUGGUCUCCCAUUCCAAAGGAACGUUUCAACUCUGAGGCGUUUUAUCAUCCGGACCCUGAGCAUGGAGGCACGCUCCAUGUCCAGGGAGGGCACUUCCUCGCCGAGGACCCUGCCCACUUUGAUUCGUCCUUCUUCAACAUUACAAAAAAUGAGGUACUAACUUUGGACCCACAACAGAGACUGGUGAUGGAAAACGUGUAUCAUGGUCUCGAAAAUGCCGGCGUCCCCUUGGCCCGUGCGAUCGGAUCCAAUACAUCAGUAUUCGUCAGUGGGUUCAAUCACGACUAUUUGGGGAUACUUAACUCAGAUCCGGAGACGACUGUCAAAUACAAGCCUACUGGUGCCUCAAACUCGAUUAUUUCGAACCGAGUCAGUUGGUUUUUCGAUUUCAAAGGACCCAGCAUGACUAUUGACACGGCUUGUUCGAGUAGUCUGGUUGCUUUGCACCUGGCUGUCCAGAGUCUACGAUCCCGUGAGACAACCAUGUCUGUUGUGAGUGGCGUGAGCAUACUCGAAAACCCGCUCGAGACCACUGGUUACAGUCACCACGGUCUUCUUGGUGCUCAAGGCCGCUCCUUUAGCUUUGACGCCCGUGCUGAGGGAUAUGCUCGUGGUGAAGGAGUUGGCACCGUCAUCUUGAAACCUUUGGUGGAUGCGAUAAGAGAUGGAGAUGUGAUCCGCGCCGUGAUCCGUGAAACAGGUGUGAACCAAGAUGGCCGGACAUCCGGUAUUACUCUUCCAAGCGGCGAGGCCCAAGAAUCUCUGAUUCGACAGGUAUAUGAACGAGCUGGUCUGAGUAUGCAAGAUACUAGGUUUGUCGAGGCACAUGGGACUGGAACCCGAAUCGGCGAUCCAAUCGAAGCGAAGGCACUUGCAAAGGCAUUUGACUGCCCACGAGAUGGGCCUCUGCACAUCGGGUCACUCAAAUCAACUCUUGGCCAUACGGAAGGAUGCUCUGGUGUGGCAAGCCUCGUGAAAGCCAUCUUGGUCCUUGAGUCGGGUAUUAUUCCUGCCAACCACGAUUUACAGGAGGUGAACCCCGAGAUUUUGGCCAAAGAAUGGAAUAUCGACUUCCCUUCGGACAACAUCCCUUGGCCCACCUCUGGUCUGCGCAGAGCUUCGGUCAAUUCAUUUGGGAUCGGAGGAACGAAUGCACACUGCAUCCUUGAUGAUGCUUACCAUUAUCUCAAUGAACGUGGCCUCUCAGGUUCACACAACACGAGCACCGCCAUUCGUCCAUUUAAAUCACUGCGCCAUCAGCUUUUACUUCUUCCCCAACCUGAUGAGUAUUUUAACUUGUCGGUUACGGGGCCUGAAUCUGACAGCGAUGAUACCGAGGUCGACUUUAGUGAAACACCCCUCGCCCAGAGCGGUGCAACAACUCCUUUGAUGAAGCCGGUCCAAGUUCGCCAGCCAGAAGUGCCAAUAGAACCACCACAAAUCUUCCUUCUUACUGCAUUUGACGAGGAUGGUGUCAAGCGCAUCGCAUCUUCGUAUGCCCGCUAUGUCAAGAAGAAGAAUGUCCCUGCAAGGCAAAACAGCGACUUACUGAGAGAUCUAUCAUUCACAACUUCGGCACGGCGCUCCAAAUUUUCUUGGAAGAGCUUCAUAAUGGCAUCUACGGUCAAAGAGCUUGAGUGGAAUUUGUUGGAGGGCAAUUUCACAAAACCAAUUCGGGCGGAGGUACCACCAGAGGUCUGUUUCGUCUUUUCUGGACAGGGUGCGCAAUACAGCGCAAUGGGACAAUCCCUUUUCAAAUACCAAGUAUUCAGGCACGCAAUGGAGGAUGCGUCUGAGUAUUUUAAAAGCCUUGGAAGCAACUGGUCACUGCUUGUGGAACAUGCAGCAACCGAGUCACGGUCGAGGGUUGACUGUCCUGAUAUCGCGCAGCCUCUCUGCACUGCACUUCAGGUCGCCUUGGUCGAGCUUCUAGCUAGCUGGGGAAUAUUCCCGAAACGGGUGGUAGGCCAUUCAUCAGGUGAGAUUGCAGCGGCGUACUGUGCUGGCAAAAUCUCUCGCGAAGCUGCAUGGAAGAUCGCCUAUCUGCGUGGCAUUCUUUCGACCAAGCAGCAGUCAGCCAAUGGGGCAAUGAUGGCCGUCCGUCUGGAGGAGUCGCAACUGAACCGCCAUAUGAAAUCUGUUCGGGAAAGACUUCAAGGUGAACUUCGGAUAGCAUGCUCCAACAGCCCUACAAACAACACCGUCUCGGGCUGCGCGGCCUUAAUUGACGAGUUAAAGGUCAUACUGGAUCAGGAGGGCGUGCUCGCGCGGAAGCUCAAGGUUCAAAAUGCGUAUCACUCAUCGCACAUGGAGAGCAUUGCAGAUGAAUACCUCCAGCUUAUGGGAUGCUUGAGGUUCGGCAGGCACAUUGUGCUGCCACACCCAGUUCGUAUGUUUUCAACUUUGACCGGAGAAGAGUUAAACGAAGACCUCCUACCGAGCAAAUACUGGGUAGACAAUCUGAUUUCUCCUGUCCGUUUUGUCGACGGUAUAGAGAGCGCUCUCCUCUCAGGAGAGAGGGAGCCCGGUGGAAUCUCAAACCUUUCAUACUUCAUGGAAAUAGGGCCCCACUCGACCCUGCAGAGUGCGAUCAAAGAUACCUUGUCGUCAGGGUUUAGCAAAGGAAAGGUCAAAUACCUAGCCGUUCUAAACCGUUCCGAUCCAACUUUGACCCCUUUACUCAGUUCGAUUGGAUUUCUUGCCAGCAGUGGAUACGGAAUCGACAUUUACAAAGUCAAUAUGGCUUCCUCUCACUACCCAAAUUCCCAAGCUAAGCUUUUGAUUGAUCUUCCGGCGUACUCUUUCAAGCACGCAGAAAAGAUACUUUACGAAAGUCGAAUUAGCAAAAAUCUUCGCUUUCGCAAGUUCCCGCGUCAUGACCUCUUUGGCGCUCCUGUCACGGAUUGGGAUGCCAAUGCACCGCGUUGGAGACAAUUCGUGAGGCUGGAAGAGAACCCCUGGAUAAGACACCAUGUGAUCGCCGAAAACCAUGUUUACCCAGGUGUCGGCUAUCUCGUGAUGGCUAUUGAAGCCUCGCGGCAGUUGGCUGGGGAGAAGGCCAUAACUGGCUUUCAACUCUGCCAAGUCUCCAUUCGUCGAGCAAUGAUUGUUCCUGACACCAAGCAGGGGAUAGAAGUCUGUGUCUCGAUGACGACCGAAUCCUCCUCUGAGCUCAGAGUCUGGCGGCGAUUCCACGUCAGUUCGUACAACGAGGCAAGUGAACACUGGACAGUGCACUGUACUGGUCUCAUCUCGAUUGAGGAACGCUCCCCAAACGACCCCCUGAGCAGUUAUCAAGAAACCGAGGCCGAAUCUCAGGAAUGGCGCCGUAAAUACAAAAGUGUACAUGAGGUGUGCAAUCGUCCAAUAAAUUUCUCAAAUUCGUACGAUGCGCUUCUCAAAUCGGGGUUUGGAUUUGGUCCUCUAUUUCGCAAUCUUCACGAUGUGCGGCUUACAGACUCCCGAUUGGGGCAGAUGACUGGCCUUGUCACCGUUCCCGACAUUGCAGAGGCUAUGCCGAAGCAUUACGCGCAUUCGCACCUAAUUCAUCCCGCCACGAUGGACAGCAUGAUCCACAUGAUGAUCGCAGCCGUAAUGGAUUUCACUGGAAAGCCAUUUCUCGAAAAAAUCAGACUUCCAACGUACAUCCGCGAUAUGUGGGUAUCUGCUGAUUUGAAUCCUGCACCUGGUCAUAAAUUUGAGGGCUAUGCAUCGGUACAACCCUCAGCCUCCGAGAAAUUUGAAGGUCAAAUAAGAGUUUUCGAUUCCAGUUCCAAGGCUCAUUGUAUCUACAUGAGUGACAUUGACCUGACGCCACUCGACAAGGACAUGGAGAAUAUCCCUGGGCGUCAGGUUUGCAAUACCAUCGAGUGGAAGCCCGAUGUCAACUUCCUGGACUCUGAAACAGCAUGUAACUUGGCUAAGAUAAAUUUUUAUCCUACAGGCCCCGACGGGGACUUAUUAUGGGCGAAGCGUCUCCAAUUAGUCACCAUGAUAUCUGUCACCGAAGCAUUGAGCACGUUGGCGAACAUUGAUAUCGAAACCCUACAGCCGCACCUCCGCAAGUUUUAUAACUGGAUGCAGCGUGUGCGAGAGGAGCUUCUGAACGACAAUAUCAUUCAUUUGACACUUUUUGAGUUUGAAAGAUGCUUCCAUGACAAGCUCUUGAAAGAUGCAAUUCUUGAAGAAGUUGCAAAUCACAAUGCGACAGGCGCACUGACGGUUCGAAUGGGCCAAAAUAUUGCAUCUGUUAUGCGACAGGAGGAAGAUCCACUACAUUUGAUGUUCGACGAAGGGCAGUUAAUGGAAGAGUUGUACAAGGAAAUUAUUCAUCUACACAACCUACCUCAAUAUCUAAGAAGCUAUCUCUCUUUGAUUCGCCACCAAAGGUCCCAGUUGCGAAUCUUGGAAGUAGGCGGAGGGACUGGGAGUUUGACUGCGGAGGUCCUUGAUGUGCUCUCACCAUCAUGUGAUACCUUGAACGAGAGUAUUGCAACCUACACCUUCACAGACAUAUCAUCCGCCUUCUUCGAAAAGGCUCAAGACAGAUUCUACCACUGGAAAGACAUAAUGAAGUUCGAAGUCUUCAACCUUGAAGAAGAGCCUGCUGCCCAUGGUCUCGAGGCCGGCUCCUACGAUCUAAUCUUUGCUGGAAACGUGAUCCAUGCCACGUCUGAUCUUACAGCGACAUUGCGAAGGCUGCGGUCUUUACUUCGCCCUGGUGGACAGCUAAUCAUGCAAGAGGGAAUAAGGCAAGACUUUCUCUGGUACCCACUUUCAUUUGGUCAACUUCCCGGUUGGUGGCUUGGAGAUGAGCCUAUCCGAAAAUGGUGCCCCUACAUUCCCGUUUCUGCCUGGGAGUCACUCCUUAUUGACUCGGGCUUCUCUGGUGUCGAAAUUGAGUAUCCUUCUUCCGAUAAUAAGGAUCUAAGCUUUCAGAGCAUUAUGAUUUCCACCGCUCUCGAGUAUGUGCAACAGACGCCACAAAAGGUUUACAUCGUAUCCUCGGGACUGAAGACAUUUGGUAUAGCCGAUUGUAUUACCCAGAUUCUUGAGCAUUCUGGCACAUAUCAAGUUACCACAUUGAAAGUGACUGAGCUGGCUCAGUUUGCUUUACAAGGCUCCCUAUGUAUAUCUCUCGCUGAUCUUGAGAGCCCGAUAUUCACGGCAAUUGGGAAUGAUGAGUACAACGCACUGAAAAAUAUGUUAAUGAAUUGUCAAAACCUACUUUGGAUUACUCCAGACUCAAGUGAAUUCCUACUUGCGAGCACCAGUUUGGGUUUACUCCGUACCAUCCGCUCGGAAAGGGAUUCUGACGGUUCAAAUAUCGUGACCAUUGCUGUUUCAGACUGCGAGAAUGUCCCGGCCGAGGAUCUGGCAUUCUGGGCUUGUGGAAUUGUUAAGCAUCAGUUCACCAGCAACAAAGGAGACGAUAGACACGCUGAAUACCUGCUACGAGAUAACAUAAUUCAUGUUGGUCGACUUCGAAGUUUUAAAAGUGCGAACAAUUUUCUCGCCUUGCAAUCUGAAGCCCCUCCAACCGAGCUGCUACGCAUCGGUGAUAUUCAGCGCCCCGUCUGCUUGGAAAAGUUCGCUCCCGCAGUCGAUCCACGUUGGAUCACUGAUAUCCAGCACUUCAAUCCGUUGCCCGAAACCCAGAUCCAGGUUGCGAUUCGUGCCAUAGGUGUGACUUCGAGCUUUGAUCGCCUGAAUGUACCUAUCGAGGCAGCUGGCAUUGUGACCAAGGUCGGAUCCGCAGUGAAAGACUUGACCACCGGUGACAAGGUGGCUUUUCUGACAAGCAGCACUGGCGAUAAAUCUUUCCAGACUUUUGCAAGAAUUGAAGAAGCAGUUGCUAUCAAAAUAGCAGAGAGUACCCCCUUGGAGAUUGUUGCUAGUCUGCCGGCAGCUUUUGCCACUGCAAUAUAUGGCCUCGCCCACAUUGCAAAGCUAUCUUCCAGUGAUACAAUCUUGAUUCAUUCCGGUGCAGAUGUUCAGGGUCAAGCUGCAAUCCAAUACGCCAAGAUGAUUGGGGCCACUAUUUUCACAACAGUUUCGACCACUGAGAGCAGGGCACUUUUGACUGAUGUGUAUGGAAUACCGGAAGCUAACAUUUUCUCCAACAAAAGUCUCAGCUUUUACAAGAGCCUCAUGAGAUGUACUGAUGGAGUUGGAGCUGAUGUAAUAUUCAAUACGCUUACGGGCGAAGUUCAGCAAGAGUCCUUCUCAUGCAUCGCAGAGUUUGGUCGAUUCAUAGAUGUGUCAGGAAAUGCUUCUCAACCACAUUUGACGCGAGCGCCAGAAUCAGUUCUUCGAACGCUUUCAAUUUCGAACGUCGAUCUUGAGAUCCUCAUUCGCCAUCGUCCAAGUAUUGUUCGACAACUUAUUGAAGAGAUAUUCUGCUUUUACUCCGAAGGCAGGCUCAAACAGGUCCAACCUCUCAACAUCAUUCCAUUUUCCGAAAUAAAGCGCGGCAUUCAGACUCUCCAAAGCAAAGGGGCUUCUGAGAAAAUACGGGGGGGUCUUGGUGGGCUGGGUCGCAGCACCGCCCUCUGGAUGGCUGCACGAGGUGCGAAGAAUCUGAUCUUUCUUUCACGGUCGAACAAGGUCACCGAAGCAGUGACCAAGAUGAUCUCAGAACUUAACAAGCUGGGAUGCAAUGUUCAUAUCUUUGGCUGUGACCUUGUCGAUCGAUCUCGCUUACGCACCGUACUGGACGAUUGCCAUCAAAUACUCCCUCCCAUCAAAGGAUGCAUUCAAUGCUCCAUGGUUCUACAGGAUGGAGCUUUUCAAGGAAUGUCCCUCAAUACCUGGCAAGCCGCUAUUCAACCCAAAGUCACAGGAUCGUGGAAUUUGCAUGAACUUCUUCCGUCCGAAUUAGACUUUUUCGUCAUGUUAUCCUCGGUAAGCGGGAUCUUCGGCAAUCGUGGCCAGGCAAACUAUGCGGCUGGAAAUACCUUCCAAGAUGCGCUUGCAGCAUAUCGCACCGCUCGUGGUAUGAAGGCGUCUGUCAUCGAUCUUGGCAGUGUAUCAAAUGUCGGCUGGGUUGAGGAGAAUCUUCAAAAUGCAGUAGGUCGUCUGGGUAACCUCUAUCAGAUACUCAAGGAGAGCGAGGUACACAGCGCAAUUGAAUUCAUGAUCGAUCUACGCCAUGACAAGGGGCAGAACCAUGGGGGCCAGCCGGUAUCGCAACUGGUUCUCGGUCUGCCAACCGCAGAGCUAUGUCGACAGAACGGCAGUCCGGCACCCCCUUACCUUGAAUUUUCGCUAUUCACGCAUCAACGAUCUACCAUGGUCGUGAGCCACGGUGAAAUUGGCCAGGAAAAGACAAUUAGCACUGCGGCUCUUUUAGCAUCAACCAGUACCUUUGACGAGGCAGUGGAAGUGGUGUCGGAUGGGAUCGUGGAGAAGUUUUCGGCACUUCUUGCUAUUCCGGUUUCUGAAAUUGAUGUUGAGAGAUUUGGUUUCAACAGCAUCGACUCACUGGUUGCCAUGGAAUUCCGCUCGUGGGUGAAGAAAGAACUCAGCGCGGAAGUGUCUGUGUUGGACAUCAUGGGGGCGCAGAGCAUUCGAUCGCUUAGUGAGAAGAUCGCUAAUAGCAGAAACGGGGAUUUGAACUAG